GUUCCUAUUGGCUGCCCAUCAUUUAUUCAGUCCCACUGUUCAUCAUUUGCUGACUCUGGAAACCUUUUGUGUGACCAACUGGUCGAGCUUGAGGAUCCACAGAGUGCGAUGCUUUUACUUAGGCAUUGCCAUGUUCCUAGAAUGACACACUUGGCAAGGUCAGUAGCACCAAAGUACCUCAUCGAAGCAGCUUCACUGCAUGAUCAUCUGACAAGAGAGUCAUUUUCAAAAAUACUGAACUGUGGUCCAAUUCCAAACGACAGGUGGUUUCAAGCGACACUACCGAUUAAAAAUGGAGGUUUUGGGAUGACAUCCAUUACAGAGAUAUGUCAAAUAGCCUUUAUAUCUAGCUGGGCUAAUGCACUGUCGACAUUACCGAUUCGAUUCCCAGCUAUGGAGAAUCAAAUUAAUGAAAUCAUUUUUGGAGAUGGUGCAGAUGGUUCUAUUAGAUCCGAGUUACUUCGAGCAAUUCCUCCUGGCAAGAUUUUUACUGACUUGCUAGAGGACACUAAGAGACUACAACAAAAAUUAACUCGUCAACACAUGUCUUUUGCUACUGCCCACAUGGUAGAAAACACUGCUUCGCCCAGAGAUGCGGCUCGCCUUCGCUCUCUAGGUGGAAAAGGUGCUGGCUCCUGGCUUAACACGAUUCCAGAAUCAGCAAAAUUCGCACUCUCACCUUACGAAUUCCGUUUGGCGUGUUUGCUGAGAUUGGGUCUAUCUUUGCCGGCUGUCAGAUGGAUUGAGCAGUGUGAUUGUGGAACUGCAUUAGACGAAAUGGGAUACCACUUGCUGACUUGUAAGAAGGGUGGUGGGCCUGUUUGGUCACACGAUUCGAUAGUAAGUGAAUGGGAUGACUGUUUGCGGCAGCUGCAGAUUCACCACAAAAAGGAACCGAGGGACAGAUACAAUGAUAGCAACAACAGACCGGACAUCGCCGUCUUUGAUGUUGGCUCUGGUGCCAAUGUGGAACUAGAUGUAGCCCUUUCACAUCCAUGGGCAUCGGACAUUGUGAGUCAGGCUGCUGAGAAAGACGGGGCAGCAGCAGCAAGAAGAGAGGACAGGAAGACAAAAAAAUACAGUGAGCUAAAGCUCGCUGGAAUGUCUUCAAUGAGAUUUGUUCCCCUCGUCAUGGAACACUUUGGUCGCUGGGGUGAAGAAGCCACAAAGUAUCUACAGGAACUAUCUCGCCGAUCAUGUGAUGAUGCUGGCAACAAUAACUGCAAUGAGUUUAUGUGCUUUUGGCGAAAGCGGUUUUCAAUAACACUACAGCGGUGCAAUGCAAAGACAAUAGCAAAAAAAAUUUCUAUUCUUACCUUUAAUAGUUGUAACACUGUAGAUGACUUUGUCACACAAUUUUACAUACAUUAGGUAUAGAUAGCAGUAUAGUUGUAGUGGCCGCAUAGAGCCUGCUUAAACUCACCUUCUCUUCAUUAGCCUGUAGUAGUGUUCAUGUUUGAAAUAUAUGAGGAUUGACA